AUGUCGUCGCCAUUUCCCAACAACGCAUUGGACAGAAAGCAGACACGUUCGUCACACUCGCAGUCGUCGCACGGCAUGUCCUCAAAUGUCGUCGACCAUCUCGCCCCGGGCGUAACAGAUAUGCCCGUCGCUGGCACGAACAAUAAUACGCUCACGAACAAUGCUGCACGGAGAGCGGCGCAUCCAGAGGGCAAGAUUAUCACCGUCCAGCCUCUUAAAAAGGAUGAGAUGCAGCCCAGCUAUGCGCAGGAUCUCGGUGUCGGCGUCGUUACCCAUGGCAUCUACGGCUCGCUGCUCAACGGUCUCGGCAGCAUCAUUGGUUGCAUUGGCGCCGUUCCCUGCUGCCCUUGUCCAAACCCGUACCGUGAAGUCAACCAAGGUGCAGUUGGUCUCGUUUCGAGGUUUGGUCACUUCUACAAGGCCGUCGAUCCCGGUUUGGUGCAAGUAAACGUCUGCACAGAGUCGCUCAAGAUUGUCGAUGUCAAGAUCCAAAUCGCUCCAAUUGGUCGACAAACGGUCAUCACCCGUGACAAUGUCAACGUCGAGAUUGAUUCUGUCAUCUAUUUCCAAAUCACCAAUCCCUACCGUGCCGCAUUCGGCAUCUCUGAUCUCCGCCAGGCGCUCAUUGAGCGUGCGCAGACGACUCUCCGACACGUCGUGGGUGCCAGACCAGUCCAGAGCGUCGUCACAGACCGCGAGACGAUUGCAUUUGAGAUUUCAGAGAUUGUAGGAGAAAUUGCCGAGAAAUGGGGUGUCCUCGUCGAAUCCAUUCUCAUCAAGGACAUCAUCUUCUCCCCAGAGGUCGCUGCCUCGCUCUCCUCUGCUGCCCAACAGAAGCGACUCGGAGAGAGCAAGGUCAUUGCUGCCAGAGCCGAAGUCGACGCCGCACGGUUGAUGAGACAGGCUGCCGAUAUCCUCGCCAGUAAGCCUGCCAUGCAGAUUCGACAACUCGAGGCGCUCCAGGUCAUGGCCAAGAGCGCUGGUUCAAAGGUCAUCUUUGUUCCCAUGAGUUUGAUUGGCGAAGGGAGUGGGGGAGGUGGCAUGUUCAACGAAGAUGGAGGUCCAGUCGCCAGUGGGAGUGGAGAAGGCAGACACACGACGGGUGCGAUUCCAGCUGCCAUCCUGAACAGCAUGAGCAACGUCUAG